AUGCCACCAAUUGUUAUCGACGGGAAAACAAAGGACCAAACGACGCUAAUCAAAGAUUUAAAGGAGCAUGUAAAAGGGGAGUUCAGUAUUAAGCACACGAACGCAACCACCAUUAUUUUCGUUGACGAUAAAGAAGACCACACUAGAGUCAUCAACAACAUCAGAGCGGAAAAACUGGCCUACCACACUUAUACUUCCAGUGAUGAUAAGUCCCAUGCGUUUGUCCUGCGAGGGCUUGUGCAGGGCACUAAGAUAGUGGACAUCGAAACAAACUUGGAAGAAGAGCACGAAAUUAAGUAUCAAAGUCAAACCUCAGAAGAAGAUACACUGACUGUAAGAGAAAGAUUUAAUAGGGACGAUAAGAUGCCACAUUCCCCAAACAGCCUCUUUGAAUUCCGCAGCGAAAAACAAAGGGAGGACUACAAAAGGGAAAGAGACCAAAAAAAAGCUGAAGAAGAAAUCAGCAAAAAGAAUGACGAGCAAUUUACAGUGCCACGUAAGUUUAGCUCAAACUUCCACAGAAUGAUAAGGGAAAAAGCAGUUCAAACCCUAACUACCACCAGAAAUUCCUACCAAGUGCUUACCGACGAAUCCGACUCAGAGAAUGACGAUGAAAUCGAGGGAAAAGAAGACUACGAAAAAGUCCUUAACAAUGUUAAGAGCGAAAAAAUGGCCUACCAUACCUACACUGCAUAUAGCGAAAAAUCACAUGCAUUCGUGCUCAGAGGAUUGGCUGAAAACACGAAAAUACAGGACAUAAAAGAGAAUCUUGAAGAUGACCAUGAAAUAGUUGCUAGAGAAAUUUACACUAUGAAAACUAAAGAGCGUCCCCUCUACCUGGUAGUAACUGACCCGGUUAUCACUCUGGAGUAUCUAAAUAAGAACAUCAGAAGAGUCCUACACACCAGAGUGACCUGGGAGUUGAGGAAGUCAGUUAAGCAAAUCAUACAGUGCCAUACAUGCCAGGAGUGGGGACAUGCUACUGCAAACUGUGAAUACUCAAAACCUGAAAACCUUCCCCCUAUAGUAAAGAAAACACUUCCUUUGCCCUCAAAUGUAGUCGCAAGGCUACUAGAUUUCCAGACAAAUGAUUUCAGUGGAAACUUACCACCAUUUACUCCAUAUAACCCUACAGCAGGGUUUGAAAGUGGGCAGAAGGGGGAUGAACUGAGUAGUUCCUCAACUGGUCAUAUCUCAAACCCUCCUGGCAUGAGUGCUAAAAGAGGCGAAUACCACUUAUCUCGAGACCCAAGGAAACCUCCCUCUCCUAGAUUAAGAGCUUACUCAGAUCCGAGAGCUAGAAAGAACAAGGAUGACCAUAACAACGUGCUAAAAAACAUGAAGGAUGAGAAAAUGUCGUUCCAUACAUACACACAUAGGGACGACAAAUCUCAUGCCUUUGUGUUAAGAGGUCUGGCAGAAGGCACAAAAAUAACAUUGAAGAAAACCUCGAGGAGGAGCACGACAUUAAGCCAAGGGCUAUUUACCAAAUGA